AAAGAAAAAAACAAAGAAGCGAAAUUUCCGUUUUUUAAUUUUUAGAGCGAGUCACGGCGAAUUCGCCACCGAUCUAACGCGGCUGAGUUUAAUGGAAGGAGUAGGAGCUCGACUUGGCCGGUCCUCCACUCGGUAUGGACCAGUCACGGUGUUCACCGGACCGGUAAGAAAAUGGAAGAAGAAAUGGGUAAACGUUUCCCCUUCUAACACCGGCGGUGGCGGCGGUAACAACAAUAAUCAUUCUCAAAAUCACCAUAGCAACAGCAAUGGUACUUCUAACGGUAAUAACGGUCCUCAUCUUGUCCUUUUUAAAUGGACCCCAAUAACCCAAAGCCAAAACAAUAACAACUAUAUGAACAAUUCUCCUAAGGAGGAUACGGUAGCGGCGCCGGAGGAGCCUCCGAGGCGGAAAUUUAAAUACAUUCCGAUUGCUGUGUUAGAAGAACAAAAAAGGGAAGCUGCUGAAAACGAGGCUGCAGAAAACGUUGACGAUGAAGAUAAACCAAGUGAGUCUGACCCCAGUGUAGCAGAGCCAACUUCCAGGACUGAUGGUUUUGAUGAAAAACCUGACAUUAACGAUGUGCCUAUGGAAGAAAAUGAGGAGGAUGAUAAAAUGGUACGACAAGAUCUGAACGAAAGCACAUUGGAUUUGAGUUUAGGUUUGACAGCCCAUGAUGGUGAGUCUGAUUCGAAACCAAAUCGCCAUGGACAGCUGGAAAGAGUGAAAUCAAGUAGCCGCUAGUAAUUUCGAUAAAGAUGAUAAAGUAGAGACAUUGGCUCGACAUUCUUCUUAGAGAUUCAAUUUUUCCUCCGGCCUUUCUCAUCGGUUGGUCGUCUUUUAACCCUUAAAGCUAAAUGCAUUUGAAAAUGGCUUAUCUUUGUACGUUUAGUUCUUUUUUAUUUGAUACACUCCAUUGACUAGCUGAUUGCAAUUUGUAUUUGAUUAAGAACAGAACAAUCUAUUGUUUUGGUAGAACAUCCCAUAUUGUUUGUUUCCCCACUAGAUUUGUAGGAUAUGUUGGGGGACAGGAUAUGUUGGGACAUACAAAUUAAAUUGGUCUUUUGAACGUCUUUUUAUGGAAAUUUAUUUUCUCA